AUGGCUUUGGCCAAGCAAACCCCUGUGACCCUUCAACACCACAACCUCUGCAGCCGCACCAUCCUCCUGGCCGGGAAGAUCUACUCCGACAUGGCCAGCCUCCUGGAGUCCUAUGUGGAGAGGCAGGGGCUAGACAGGACCAUCAGCCUGGACGCGGUGGAGGGCGUGCCAAGUGCGGCCGUGGAACAAGGGGGCGAGCUGACGGUGGCCGCACGGUUGGGCGACAACCUGCAGGCCUACCGGGCAUUCCAGACAUUGCUCGGUGAGGUCCUGGAAGAGCAGAGGUUUCACUUGACCCCACUGGACACGGACUUCCACGCCUCCAUCCAGUCCAUCCUGCUGCAGGUGGCGGCCCUGGCCUACCAGCUGGAGGAGCUGCAGGCACUGCUGGGUCACGGCAGGCCAGUCUGGGAGGCAGCCGGCCCAGGCCAUCGCAGCUUGUUUGACAUGAAGCUGCGGGGGCUGAAGGUGCUGCAGGAGCUGGCUCACUGGACUGUGCGGUCCGUGCGAGACCUGCGCCAGGUUGCCAAGCACAGCCAGGGCUCUAGCACUGCCCAUGGGGACCAGGCCCAGAAGGAAUGAGGCCACCUGCCUCCCUGCCACUGGGGUAGAUGGGGCCUCCCCAU